CUUACUGCGCUUCGUAUCUGCAUGAAUGUCCUGUGGGAAACAGUGGUUAAUUGAUGCAGGUUUUGCAAUGGAACAGGUAUGGUUACUGCUCCUGCUGACGAUUAAAGUGCUUUCGGUGACUGCUCAGUUCAAUGGAUACAACUGUGAUGCUAACCUCCAUAGCAGGUUUCCUGCUGAACGAGAUAUCAAUGUUUUCUGUGGAGUACAGACAAUUACUAUGAAGAUAAAUUUUUGCACAGUUCUUUUCUCUGGUUAUUCUGAGACAGAUCUGGCACUGAAUGGGAAACAUGGGGAUGCCCACUGCAGGGGUUUCAUCAAUAACAACACCUUUCCAGCAGUGGUCAUUUUCAUCAUCAACCUGAGUACUUUGGAAUCUUGUGGAAACACUUUAGUGGUAUCCUCAGCUCGAGGUAUCAAUGCAUAUGGAAAUACCUCAGUGAUACAGAUAGGUAAUGUUUCAGGCUAUAUUGAUACGCCAGACCCACCAACGAUUAUCAGCUAUUUGCCUGGGCUUCUGUACAAAUUUAGCUGUAGCUACCCACUGGAGUACUUGGUUAAUAAUACCCAGCUUGCUUCGUCAUCAGCUGCUAUUUCUGUAAGAGAGAACAACGGUACAUUUAUCAGCACUUUGAAUUUGUUGCUUUACAAUGAUUCAACAUACAGCCAGCAGCUCCUUAUUCCAAGUACAGGUUUACCUUUGAAAACCAAAAUUUAUGCAGCUGUAAGAGCAACCAACCUUGAUGGCAGGUGGAAUGUUUUGAUGGACUAUUGUUACACCACUCCAUCUGGUAAUCCUAAUGAUGACCUUCGAUAUGACCUUUUUUUAAGCUGUGACAAGGACCCACAGACAACAAUAAUUGAAAAUGGCAAGAGUCAAAUGGGCCGGUUUUCCUUUGAGGUGUUUCGCUUUGUGAAACACAAGAACCAGAAGAUGUCAACGGUGUUCCUUCACUGCGUGACAAAGUUGUGCAGAGCAGAUGAUUGUCCCUUUCUUGUGCCAAUUUGCAGUAACAGAGAAAGGAGAGAUGCUGGUGGGAGGACAACUUGGAGCCCUCAGAGCACAUCUGGCAAUGCUGUAAUCUCUGCUGGCCCCAUCAUUACAAGGAGUGGUAACCGUAGUUUUUCCGAAGGGGCUACCCUGGCUUUGGGCAGCGCAUCCCAGUCGGAGCCUUCCCGGGAUCCCCGGCGCUCGCCCCGCCGCCGCCGCUGGGUGCCAGUGCAGCCCCGGCGUAGGCAGCCCGCUCCGCAUCUCACGGCUGUCUGCAGCUUCUCCCUGCUCGCCGUUCCCCCCUAUUCCCGCUGCUCUUCCUCUCCCUUUCUUCUCCUGUCCCCUUCCCCAUUUAAACGACAGGAGAGCCGCUGCCCUGUCCUGGUGCCGGGGCCGGGGGCUGCCCUGGGCGGCUCUCCGGGUGGCAGCGCGAACAGUGGGGACACUGAGCCCCAGCUUCCUCUGCUGAAUGGCGUGGCAAUCUCCGAACCUGGCCCUUUGCUGUGGCAGUCUCCAGAUCUGGCUCUUCGCUGA